GCGAUAACACACGAAUACAAACGUCAGACUGAUUAGAGGCGAUAAGAUCUCGCGAGGUUUUCUCGUCUGAGCUCGGUCAUAGCUGUGGGUGGAGACUUCUCCAGCAGCUGGUUAAUGCUCGCAGAAUACGCGCGACAGAGUCGAUUUUGUGCAACGUAGCGAUAAGAUUGCCGAUAAGCCUUCAGUUAAUCGCUGUGGUGAAUGAACACAUCUUGCAUUUAACACAAUUACCCGGAAAAUGCUGCGUUUGUCCGUUGUAAAGUUGUAAAUGAUCAUUGGCGCUGGUUUGCUGGAGCUACUGUUGAAACAGUGUAUCCGCAGUGAAUUCACAUCACUUCGUCCUGGCUCACCUUUCCCACAGGUAGAGGAGCAUGAGUGUGGGGUCGGAGUUCUGCUGCGAUGCGUGCUAUUGGGUGUAGGAUGAACCUGCCGGCAGUGCUAAACGGCCUGCUGGUGUCAGUGGUGGCAGCCUUGCUUUGGAAAUACGUUCGCCUGAUUGAACACACAUCUCAGUUGGAAGAGGAGCUACAGCUCACACGCCAAUCACAGGAGUUCUCACAGGUGCGUAUCGACUACCACGGUGCCCUGUUAGCACUCCAAGAACAUGGCACCAGAAUGGUCUGCACUGGGAAGAUGCACACCGAUCGCAUCUGCCGCUUUGACUACCUCUGCUACUGCACGGAGGCUGAGGAGUUUGUAUUCUUCCACAGUAAUGACUCUGUGAUGCUGCCCAACCUUGGCCCUCGGCGUUUCCAGCCCGCCCUGCUGGACCUCUCUUCUGUAGAAGACCACAACACUCAAUACUUUAACUUUCUUGAGCUCCCGGCAGCGGCUCUGAAGUUCAUGCCGAAACCUGUGUUUGUGCCAGAUGUCACUCUAAUUCUGAACCGAUUUAACCCAGACAACCUCAUGCACAUUUUCCACGAUGAUCUUUUGCCAAUCUACUACACAAUGCAGCAGUAUUCAGACUUGGAUGACGAAGCCAGGCUUGUCUUCAUGGAGGGUUGGGGUGAAGGUGCUCACUUCGAUCUCUACCGUUUGCUCAGCAGUAAGCAACCACUACUCAAGAUGCAGUUAAAGACCUUUGGCAAACUCAUGUGCUUCACCAAGUCCUACGUAGGACUUUCAAAGAUGACAACAUGGUACCAAUAUGGCUUUGUGCAACCGCAAGGACCCAAAGCCAACAUUCUGAUAUCGGGUAACGAGAUCCGCCAGUUUGCUUCAUUUUUGAUGGAGAGGCUUAACAUCACGCGAGAGGAGGGCGAUGACUACAUUGUAGUUUUUAAACGUACCACUAACAGGCUCAUCCUCAACGAGGCGGAACUUCUUCUUGCUUUAGCCCAAGAGUUUCAAAUGAGGACUGUCACUGUGUCUUUGGAGGAGCAGUCGUUUGAUAGCAUUAUCCAAAUAAUUAGUGGGGCGUCUAUGUUGGUCAGCAUGCACGGAGCCCAGAUGAUCACCUCCAUGUUCUUGCCCCGUGGUGCCGCUGUGGUUGAACUCUACCCUUAUGCUGUAAACCCAGAGCAGUACACUCCCUACAAAACCUUGGCCUCCUUACCUGGCAUGGACCUUCAGUAUGUCGCAUGGCGAAACACCAUGGAAAAAAACACUGUUACAUAUCCCGAUCGCCCCUGGGAUCAGGGUGGCAUCGUCCACUUGGACAAAGAGGAACAAGAACGUAUCCUUGCCAGCAAGGAUGUGCCAAGACAUCUUUGUUGUCGUAAUCCAGAGUGGCUUUUUCGCAUUUACCAGGACACUUUUGUGGACAUCGCCUCUUUUCUGGACGUACUCAGAGAAACUCUAAAAAAGCCUAAUCUCAAAAAGGUUAAGGUGGCUAGCACUGUACAUCCUGGUCGAGUCAGAGAGCCCAAGUGUCAGACGUCAGUACAGGCCACCAAUGAAGCAAAGCUCUCAGUGUCAUGGCAGAUCCCUUGGAACCUGAAGUACUUGAAGGUUAAAGAGGUGAAAUAUGAGGUGUGGAUCCAGGAGCAGGGAGAGAACACAUAUAUGCCUUACAUUCUGCCCCAUCAGAACUACACAUUCUCAGAGAACAUCAAACCCUUUACCACAUAUUUAGUAUGGGUGCGCUGUAUCUUUAACAAGAACCUCUUGGGCCCGUUUGCAGAUGUUCUUAUAUGUAAAACUUGAUUCAGCAAUCAGUUUAAACGUAACACUGUCACUGUCAGCUAGUGAAGAAUUAAUUUGAAGAUUAAUUCUCAGCAGAUAUCCUGAAAAUUAAACGGUGUGACACGGGUGAAUUGUUUUCGACCUUGGUAGUCAUUCUUGUGACUUGACUGUUCUUCAUGGUCCUUAUGGAGUGUCAUAAACUAACGGAUAAUGAAAGCCCUGGCUGCAAUUAAGGUUAGAAAGGGAAUCCAGUUUACAGAACUGGCCAGUCCUUUUAGAUUGCGUAUCAUCAUCCAAGCAAAGUUCUCAAUUAAUUUAUUUAUAAGAAAUGUAUUAUGUAAUUUAAAUUCAUAUUUAUAAGUUCAAGACACUGGUUUUGUCUGACACCUGCUUUUGUUAACUGAAAUAUUGCACACAUUUCUGUGGCUUAAGUGA